AUGGCAGUCACCUUGGAUCCGACAGCACAGGCCCGGUUCGACCUUAUUGGCGACAACCUCGCCGAAUUCUUGAACCCUGAGGUGAUUCAAGGCAUUCUUGCCGAAGGCCGCAAUCCCCGAGUCUACUGGGGAACUGCGACAACUGGCAGACCCCACACAGGAUACUUCGUCCCUGCCCUCAAGAUCGCGCAAUUGCUUGCUGCUGGGUGCGACGUCAAGGUCCUCCUCGCCGACAUCCAUGGCUUCCUCGAUAACUUGAAGGCGCCGCUUGAGCUUGUCGAGAGUCGCGCGCAGUAUUACAGAAAGAUUAUCACCGCAAUCCUCGAAUCAGUGGGUAUUUCUACUGAAAAACUCGAGUUCGUUCUCGGCAGCUCUUACCAGAAGAGCCCCGAAUAUGUCAUGGACGUAUACCGUUUGUCGAGCUUGAUCUCCGAAUCAGAUGCCAAAAAGGCCAGCGCAGAGAUCGUGAAGCAGUCUGACAAUGCUCCCUUGAGUGGCCUCUUGUACUCAGUGCUGCAAGUACUUGACGAAGAGCACCUCGAGGUUGAUUGCCAACUCGGCGGAAUGGAUCAAAGGAAACUUUUCGUUGCUGCCACCGAAUGGCUACCUAAACUUGGCUACCGCAAGCGCGCACACAUAAUCAACCCCAUGAUUGCUGGGCUUUCUGGGGGCAAGAUGAGCUCCAGCAUUCAGGAUAGCAAGAUCGACCUUCUCGACUCACCCGAGAGUAUCUCGAAGAAGAUCCGCAAAGCGGAAGCAGCCCCUCGGGUUAUCGAGGCCAAUGGAGUCAUCGCAUUGGUAGAAUUCAUCCUUCUACCCGCAGCUGCCCUCCGGGGGAAUAAGGAAUUCCGAGUUGAGCGCAGAGAUCAGGAACCAUUGAUCUAUACCGAUAUCAAGCAACUCAAAGAAGAUUAUCAGAACGACAUUUUAACGCCACAACUCCUGAAGCCUGCUGUGACAGCCGGUCUUACCACCCUCAUGGCGCCCAUUCACGCGGCGUACGAAGCCUCUGAAGAAUGGAAGGAGAUCACUGCGAAGGCCUACCCGCCCCCAGUUGUGGAGAAGAAGAUGAAGAAGGUCAAGGACAGGGGUUCCCGCUUCCCGGGUGCCAAGGUCGUUGUUGACCAGAAAAAGCCCCAGGACGCUACUCCGCAGGAGUAG